CUUAUGAAUCUCAAACCGACUCUAGAGACUCUGAUUGACAUGUUUCUGAGCCAAGACAAGCCUGUCCUUAUCGUCGAUUCCCACUACGAGCAAGGGCAGUUUAAAGCAGCAGGAUUAGAGAGUCUUUGCGUUAGCGAAUGGGGAAGGAAAUGUGCUUUGGAGAUUCAGCGCGUUGGACGAGGACAUGGACAAAAUGAUGAUGAAAAAGCCCAGAAGGAGAUGAAAAACUUAUACCUUUUGACGAAGACGACUAAUAGUUUGUUGGAUAUAGCACAAAAAAUACAAGAACAAGAUGAGCCUUUGCCUUUACUAGAGUCCUCCACAGAUCGCCCAAGAAGGAUUUCCAAAGUCGACAAGCUCCUUCAGCUUAUCCACCAUAAACGCAUCCUACUAGCUGGCGUGACCACCCAGCACUGUAUCAAGACUUGCGCUGCGGUUUUGUCACCUAGGUGUCAGAAAGUUUUUGUUGCGAAAGACGCUGUAGCUGGACGUGGUGGAAAUGUUGCUGCCUUUUCAGCGCAGACGGCUUUUGACGAAAUGGCAGUAAAGUGUGGCAUUACGGUGUUGGAGAGGUGGACGGAUUUACUUUGUUUGCCCAGAGGACGAGGCGUUGAAGCAACUGAUGCGGAAGCAAUCACUGCUGGACAACGAGGACCACUUCUCAGUACACCACUAAAGGCAAACAUAAUCUUCAGAACUCAAAACGGAAAUGAAAAUGUAGAUCGUGGUGGUUGUUCUACGUCGGAUUCUUCUAGAAGAACUUGUGCUUCUCUGACGAAGCUAGUACACCUCCACUACGUCAACGGCAGCAUCCCGAGUUAUCGAGUUCAGAUCCUACUCAACUAUCUAGACAUCGCACACACAACAAACCGCUUGUGCGUGAUGAGCCACCCCAGACCUACGAAAACGAAGGAAUUCUUGGAGAACGUGAAUGCCAGAGGCGAAGGGCCUGUUUUGGAAGUGCAGACUACAAGUACAACGAAGAAAUAUCAGGUCCGAGAAAGUUUGGCUUUGCUAGAAUUCAUAACCGACUUGUUGUUCGUGGACCACGAUGUUGAGCAGCCGUCUCCUGUGGUGGACGUCCUUGGCGAGACUGCUUUCGACAAAGCUUACAUCCGCCAGAUGAUGCAGGAGAGCGAAAGACUCAGGUUUCUGAUCAAACCACUUUCUCAACUCUAUAAACCCGAAUUUCGGAAGAAGAUCUGCAAUCUAAAUAGAGAGCCAGAAGAAGUACGGAGCGCAGCGAGCAUGGAGUUGAUUGGUGCCAUGGACAAGAUCUUAGAAGAGUUAAAGUUUUGGGAAGAUAACCAUCUGGUUGGGGCGACGAGUACAAGUGGAUGUGGUGACCGUGACGAAGACGACCAUGCAGAGACGACUGAAGCACCACUUAGAUUCUUGGGCGGUUUUUCAAACCUGACUCUCGCGGACUGCGCUUUCUUUCCAAUAUUGGCCUUUUUGGUACAGAGGGGGUUCCCGCUAGUACAACGUUUUGGAACUACGUCGACGAAAGAGGAGACUGAGACUCAGAUUGUUGAGAUGAAGAAAGAGAAGGGAAAUAUUAGCGACUCUGCUGCAGACCAAGAUCUACUUGACGCUCACCACGUCAACUUUCCGAAACUUCGUGCCUACUUCCAGCAUAUGUCGCGAUAUAAUGCGGUACGACGAGCUACUCCCUUCAACUGGCGUAUCUGGGAUUUUGAGUAUGUUCAGCCUGGCGCAAAUCUUUGGCAGCAAGCGAAGGAGAUCAGGCAAAGGCUUGUGCUUGCAGAAGUAGCAGGAGGAGUAGAAGAUGAAGCAUUCCUAAAGAACAGCGAGAAGCAAAACGAGGAACAAAAAAAGCGUCAAGAUGAAAUCGCAAAAAAAUUUGACGACGUUCUGGCGCCGGAGCAAGUGUCCUCCUGUUCACAAUCGACGAAAAUUUCUUCGUCAUCAUCUACGUUGUCUUCGGCAAAAAAUGGUAGGAUCCAGGAUUCUACUGCUGCCAAGAUGUUACAACCUGUUCAUCCUGAAGGAAGAGAUCAUGAUAGGGAGGGUACCCAUGAUUCCUGCGAUGAUUAUAGGGGUACAAGCCUUUGCUGCGAAGAUUUGCUUUUCCAGAGUGCUAGUUCCUCUCUGUCAGAUGGAACCGGACUGUACGUCAAUGUCGUUAGUCCAAGAGAAGGCUUACAAACAGAAGAACAAGAGCUGUACCCGGAAGAUCUCUUUGGUGCUCUGAAGAGUGAGAUAGAAUGGAGCACCAUGUUGCAUAAGGGUGGGCUAGUCCCGAGACUAGUAGCGAAUCAAGGCAUUCUCUACAGUUAA